AUGCACAGCAAUAUGUACUCUCCGGAUCAGUUCAUGAAUCCGGGGCCCGCUCCCCGCCCCCCGACCGAUCGUCCUCCAAAGUUGACUCUCCCGACCAACAAUACCACUGCCUCCUUUGGCCAGAUGAGUUUGGACUCGCCGAGUACACCGGGCCCGGGCUCGGCCAAUCUGUCACUGUUCCCUAAUACCAGUAGCCCGUCUCUCGCCAUGAGUCGGAGCAAUACUCAAAGUGGAAUCACGAUUAUCAAGGAGGGCCAUGUUCGCUGCAAAGAGGACAAGUUCUUGGCAACGUGGAACUCGAGAUACUUGAUCUUGCGCGAGUACAAACUCGAAUUCCUGAAGAAUGACUCGAGCAAGGUGGUGAUCUCCUUCCCACUUUCGUCUGUUACCGCAGUGGCUCGCUCGGAGGAAUCCAAGAUGGCUUUCGAGGUCACUCGUCUCGCCAACCCGAAAGAUGCCUCGUCGAAAUCUGCCCUUCUUACUCGGGACUUGCCUACCAAAACCAUCACCUGUGAAGUUAAAUCCGACGAUGAAAUUUAUGAAUGGAUCGACAAGAUCUACGAGCGAUGCCCCGGUAUGGGUGGAGUCAGCAACCCGACCAACUUCAGUCACCGCGUCCAUGUCGGAUUUGACCCCAAGACUGGCGCCUUUGUAGGCUUGCCUCCAGAAUGGGAGAAGCUUCUGACAGCUUCAGCCAUCACCAAGGAGGAUUAUAAGAAGAACCCACAAGCUGUCAUUGAGGUCCUUGAAUUCUACUCAGAUAUCAAGAUGCGUGAACAGAACCCCCAAUAUUACGCUGGUAUGAACACACCCUCCGGCAAUGGAGCCAAGUCAUAUGGCAACAGUGUCGGAAGUUCCAUUGCACCCCCGCGACCUCCUCCACCAGGUCCAGCGCAGCGUCUUGAUAGCGGCCAGUCAAAGCAAUCUGACAGUGCCAUGCGCUCAGUUUCCUCCCCACAAAGCAGAGAGUCUGAGCGUGCCGCCGAACAGCAGAAACAAGCCGAUCAUAUGAAGGAAUUGGCUGAGCAGGAGCGUCGCCGGUUGGAAGAUCUCCGUCGCAAGGAGGAGCAAGAUGCAUACAACCAGUCCAUUCCCCAGACCCGCACACCCAUGGCCAAGCAGGAACUUGGUGGCUAUGGCGGAGAAGACACGUCCAGCAACAGCCGCUACCAGCCAAGUCGCCCAGCCCCUCAGGCUCCAGGAGCUGGUGCUCGUCCUCAAGACCCGCGACAGUUGACCGCACAGCGACCCGCACCGGCACCACCUUCACAGAGUCCGUAUGGCCAAGGCGCCCCCCGUGCCCCUGGUGCCCCACGAACCGACGAUCGCCAGGGUUCUCCAAGCUCGCGCUAUCCCCCCAACGAUGCUCGCGCUCCCAGUUCCGCAAACCGUCCUCAACAGAAUGGCUCCAAGGGUCAACAGGCUCAAGGACCCCCUCCAACACGUCUGCCCGCCCCUGUCCAAGCUGUGAAACCUCUAAACAUUGCCAACAAGCAAAAUGGAGCCAAGCAGAACGUCCCCGAUGGCGUUCGCCAGGCCGAAGCUGCUUUGACCAAGAAGCCGGAGCCACGCCAGAAAGAGGUGCGCAUGUCCGCCAUGUCCGAGAACGAGGUCAUGGAUCGACUUCGCUCGGUCGUGUCCAAGGACAACCCCAACGAUUCAUACAGCAAGCAACGCAAGAUUGGACAAGGUGCCUCUGGAUCCGUGUAUGUCGCACGUGUUAAGGAGGGUGCUACCUCCGGCGUUGCCAAGGAGCUUUAUCGCCAGUACGGUCCCCGAUGCCAGGUGGCUAUCAAGCAAAUGGAUCUGCGUAGCCAGCCCCGUAAGGAGUUGAUCGUCAACGAAAUUAUUGUCAUGAAGGACAGCCAACAUGCCAACAUUGUCAAUUUCCUCGACUCGUUCUUGCAGGAGUCGAGCAAUGAGCUCUGGGUCGUCAUGGAGUUCAUGGAGGGCGGUGCUCUCACUGAUGUGAUUGACAACAACCAAGUCAUUACGGAAAAUCAGAUUGCAACUAUUUGUGUCGAGACCUGUAGGGGAUUGGCUCACCUGCACAGCCAGAACAUCAUCCACCGUGAUAUCAAGAGUGACAACGUCCUGCUCGACCGCGUCGGCAACGUCAAGAUCACCGAUUUCGGUUUCUGUGCCAAGCUGACCGAGUCCAAGAGCAAGCGUGCAACCAUGGUUGGUACUCCUUACUGGAUGGCCCCUGAGGUUGUCAAGCAAAAGGAGUACGGCCCCAAGGUCGACUGCUGGUCACUGGGAAUCAUGGCCAUCGAAAUGAUUGAAUCUGAGCCCCCAUACCUCAACGAAGAGCCCCUCAAGGCCCUCUACCUCAUUGCAACCAACGGAACUCCCCGUCUCAAGAAGCCCGAGAAGCUCAGCAAGGAGCUCAAGGCCUUCCUGAGCGUCUGUCUAUGCGUCGAUGUCCGCAGCCGUGCCACGGCCGACGAGCUCUUGGCUCACGAGUUCCUACAGACGGGCUGCAGCUUGGCUAGCUUGGCCGAGCUCCUCCGCUGGAAGAAGGCUAAUGGCCAGUAA